CGCAGAGCUUAACACUGUCUUUGUUCGACUGAUUAUCCUGAACGCUUCCAUCAUUGAAAAUGGCGUCUAAAGUUUUCUUGACAAUCACCGUGUUCGUUUUCGUUGUCGCUCUGGCCGCGGCGAUGGCGUUCGAAGAUGAUCCGUCUGACGAGGAGUUCGACAUGGUGCUUGAUCUUCUUGAGAAGAGGAGUAAUGAGCUCGCUUUAGAUGACGACAUCUCGAACGAAACUUACGACAUGGAAAAGAGGGGUCAGGGCAGAGGACGUUUCUUCCGUUGCACACAUCGGGUAUCCGGCCAUACCUGCAUCUGCGAUAAGAGGUACAGGAAGCAACAUCAGAAAUACUACAGGGUCUGUUCCGGGUACUAGGACAAACCAUAACCGUAACCGAUGCUUGCGAAAUGAUCUGAGCAUGCGCAGAUGCUUGGACCUGUAUUAAUACUUGCUGCAAACAGAGCCUGGUUGCCCUGUAAAAUGAUGAAUUUCUUACAACAACAUUUGUUUUAAUUAAAUUCAACCUAAUUGAAAAAAAAUCGUCUAUUGGUGUAACAUGUAUUUUGGUCACUGAAAGAAAUUAAAGAAUAAAAUGUGUCAACUCA